AUGGCCCCUGAGAGGGCCCCAGCUAGUGCAUGGAAAGCAGAGCUGGAAAAGACAGAUAGGAAGUUUCUUCUAGUCCAUGAAAAACUUGACGACAUUAUGGACCAAUUCAAGAAACUCCUCCCCUGCCCAGUUGCAAGAAGCCCAUCACCGGGCGGACAGGCAGUGACAGAAGAUUGCUACUACUGUGGGGAGAGGGGCCAUUUUAAAAAGAAAUGUCCAAAGUUUAGAGGUUCAGGUGAGGAACUGGACUUGGGCAACAUAGUUGCUCCAGUAGUGCUCACAGGGGACCAGGAGGGUCCGGUAGCCAAUAUUGAAAGGAAACCGAUAGGAGCUAUCUUGGCAAUGGAGGAAAGCCAUAGCCUUCACGAGGUUGCUGCCCCAACAGAGACAACUUUGGCAUGUGAUGAGGAGGCCCAAGAAAGUUGGGAUUCCACCUCAGAAGGUGAGGCAGAUACCACAUUGGUAGAAGAGGCCAGUGAUGAGGAAACAGUUUGUCAGCGAUAUUGGGGGCCUACUCCUGUUGUAGAUGGAGGAAUGACGGACAAUAUUGCAAAAGGUCCUACAUCCCUUUUUUUUGUGGACCCUUCCUUAACGGGAGAAAUUGACCGAAAGGCCACAGGGUUCACAACGGGAGAAUUUGACAGAAAGGCCACAACUGAAAGAAACAUUCCACUCUACAAAGGAACAGUUAUCAUUGACAAAUCUCCCGUCAGCCAGAAAUCUGCAUCCGUUAAUACAGAAAGCCUCAAUUCAAGAUUGGGGUCACUUUUCAAAGCAGAAAAUAUUGGCGCUAGGUAUUGUAAUCUGCCAACACCUACAGUAGACAGUGGGACAACAGUCUUAUGUGUGACCAUUGCCACAAUCAGAUGGGGUACCAGUAGAAGACAGUGGGACCCUGGAAUUCCCGCCCUUUACAAAGGUUACUCUCAAACAACCAAUUCAAGUGACAGCGGGUUAACACUGCAAUUAACAGGGCCAAAUAUAGUAUCUGAUGUUACACCUGAAACUGAAGUAGAGUUAACUGCUGAAACAGAAGUUACAAGUGAAUCAGAAACGGAAUCCGAGGUCACAUCUGAACCAGAGUCUGAAUCAGAGGUUACACCUGAAACCGAACCAGAAUCUGAGGUUACACUUGAACCGGAGACAGAAUCUGAGUUUACACCUGAACCAGAGACAGAAUCCGCGGUUACACCUGAAACCGAACCAGAAUCAGAGGUUACAACUGAACCAGAGACAGAAUCUGAGGGUACACCUGAACCGGAGACAGAAUCUGAAGUCACAUCUGAACUAGGGUAUGAAUCGGAAGUUACACCUGAAACUGAACAAGAAUCUGAAGUAACACCUGAACCAGAGACAGAAUCUGAAGUUACAUCUGAGCCAGAGUCUGAAUCAGAGUUUACACCUGAAACCGAAACAGAAUCUGAGGUUACACCUGAAACUGAACCAGAAUCUGAGGUUACACCUGAACCAGAGACAGAAUCUGAAAUUACAUCUGAAGCAGAGUCCGAAUCAGAGGUUACACCUAAAACCGAACCAGAAUCUGAGGUUACACCUGAACCAGAGACAGAAUCUGAGGUCACAUCUGAGCCAGUGUCUGACCCAGAGGUUACACCUGAGACUGAACCAGAAUCUGAGGUUACACCUGAACCAGAGACAGAAUCCGAAGUUACCCCUGAAUCAGAGGUUACAUCUGCAACCGAACCCGAAUCUGAACCGGAGACAGAACCCGAAGUUACACCUGAACUAGAGUCUGAAUCAGAGGUUACACCUGAAACCGAACCAGAAUCUGAGGUUACACCCGAAUCAGAGACAGGAUCUGAGGUUACACCUGAACCAGAGACAGAAUCCGAGGUUACACCUGAACCGGAGACAGAAUCCGAGGUUACACCUGAACCAGAGUCUGAAUCAGAGGUUACACCUGAAACUGAACCAGAAUCUGAGGUUACAGCUGAACCAGAGACAGAAUCUGAAGUUACAUCUGAACCAGAGUCUGAAUUUGAAGUUACACCUGAAACCGAACCAGAGUCUGAGGUUACUUCUGAUCCAGAGUCAGAAUCUGAGAUUACUCCUGAACCAGAGACAGAAUCUGAGGUUACACCUGAACCAGAGACAGAAUCCGAGGUUACACCUGAACCGGAGACAGAAUCCGAGGUUACACCUGAACCAGAGUCUGAAUCAGAGGUUACACCUGAAACCGAACCUGGAUUUGAGGUUACGUCUGAACCAGAAUCAGAAGGAGAAAUGUCGUCCGAGCCUGAAGCGACAGCGGAACACUUAGUAGAACCCGAAGCUACCGCGGAAACAACCUCAGCUGAACCAUCCGCUGUUGAAAUAAUGGUCCCGCCCUUUGUAUUGGUAGUUUUGGUCGUGCUUGCAAUGAUUGGUCUGUAUGCACAUAGUAACUGCCGGAAACGCCCAGUGGGGAUCACAAGAAAGCGGAAGAUGGAAUCUGCAAUUAAUAUUAUCGAUUUAGAAGAAUACAACGAUCUCUCUAAAGAUGAACCGCCAUUUCUUUCUCCGUUUGACAAUGAAGUCAUUGAAGCAUUUCAGACACAUCAUAACAGACCACUUGACUUACUGAAAAUAGCCUUCCCUGCAUUGUUAUCACUGGCUCUAUGUCCAUUCACGUUGUACUUAUAUUCGCCAUUAACAACAUUCAUUUGGCCUAAAGCAGAAUUCCCGAACGCACCGGAUAUUAAUGAUGCCAUUGCAUGUUUUCUAGCACCUGCUGGACUGGUCUAUGCUACUUCUUUUGGGUUUGCAUUUCAGCAAGCAUUGUCGAAACAAAUACAUAUCAUGGACAAGGUGACGAAGGAAAUAAGCAUGAUCGACCAGAUAGCUACGUUCUGUACAAGAAUAAAUUUACCAAAGCCAAGUAUGCGUCGGCGUGUAUACAGAUGUGUCAAAUCAGAGAUCAUUUUUAUGAUUUUACAGAUACUGGAUAGACGACCAGAUUCAUUUCAAGAAAAACCUGACGAAAAUGUUAAAAUUAAAAUCUGGUCUAUCAUUGAUGUUCUUAGAGAGGUAAAGACGAAUGUGGAUGACAGUAAGACACAAGUUGAUCGAGUAUUGUGUGAAAAAAUCAUGGCACACAUCUUGCAGCUUAACAGCAUUUGUUCUGAUAGACUCAGUAUUCUACAUACAAAAAUACACCCCGUAAAAUGGGCGUUUUUGGAAACACUUGGGUUUUUCUCAUUUGUUGGUAUACUACUAUUAAAAGCCCUUUCCUAUCGUAUGGAACUAGUUAUGUGUAUAUUAACUGUAUUCUCUAUCAGUAUGUUGUGUUUUGUUGUAUCAGACCUUGACGCACCAUUUAGUGGAUUCUUUCGUGUAGAUCUCUCGGUUUUGGUAGAUGUCGUCCGACGAAUCGAAGGGCUACAUUCCGAUUCUCAAAAUGAAGAAUUUAAAUGUUCCACAGAAACAUCUAGCUUGGCUGACUCUAUGUUUGAUCCGGUAUCACCUGACUUACGAAACAGUAGAUGCUAAUAACCUACCCUGUAUAUAAAAAAUAGGAUGGACAGACAGGAUAAUUAGGAACUAUAGGAGAAUGGGUUUGUAGAAAGACGAGAACGGACAAGAGAAGAAAGAAAUUGUGUAGGGGGAGAAAAGAGACAUAUAAAAAGCGAGAUAGAAAGGGAAAGGUGGACGAGAAGGAAGGGAGGGGAAGGGUUGAAAAAUGAAACAUCUUCUAUCUGCCUGUCUGAUACAGAACAUGAAACAAAAGUUUAACAUUGACCACAAUCCAAUCUUUAUUUGCUUAAAUCAAAUAUUAUAUAUCUUUUAAAUUGCAGUUUCAUAUAUUCAAUAUCAAAGUAGCAUUUAAUGUACAGAACAUGAAAAUGAAAGACAUUCUAGAUUAGUUACAUAAUUGACGACAAAAGUAAGAUUUUGAAAUAAAAAAUAAAUAUUUUGUAAACUCUAUAGUGCCUUAUAGGAGUGUUAGUCAUUAUGUAUGUCCAGUCAUAUGAUGUCCAUACGGUGACUUCUAACGAUGGCUAUCAUGUGUGUUCGGACAUUUUACUCAAAAUCUACUUUCAUUUAAAAUUAUGAAAACCACAGUAUUUCAAUUCCAACACAAGAUUAGUGACAGUGUGAAUUAUUUGCACAAGAUACUGAAAUACUGAUUCGAUAAGUUAUCCGUGAU